GGUAACGCGAUCGAUUGAUUGAGUCUGGGCAGGUAGUUGUAGGAAGAGAGCGGAACAUCAGUCGAGGGUAAACAAGUUGUCUUUGAAAAGCAACAACAAGGGACUAGCUCGGAAGCACUUAUUCUUUCUUUAAAGCAUCGUAAUGUUGAUCAAGUGAAAUAGUAGGGAAAACAGGAGACGGGGCCCUUUGGACGUUUCCUGUUUGGAAGUUUUAUCAGCCUCGACAUUGCGACACCUCCGUUGGUUUUAUUUUUGUUCCCCAUAAGUAGACUUUGGCUCUUGGUUAUAUAAACGAUUGGUUCGUUUGAAUAUUUUUUUGAGGGUGAAACUUAAAUUUGUAGCCUUUUAAUGCUCCCACCGCUGGUGCCAUGUUACUUCGUCUUCACUACCUUCCUCUUCCUCCUGCCCAGUGCAGAGCUGGCCUGUGUGAUGAGAUCAGCACCGGAACAGGAAAGGUCACCAGAGGAAGUGUUUGUAGGUGAAGGCGAGGCAAAUUCGUUCCUUGGUCGUCAUCUGAUGUUUAACCGUUUCGACUUUGAGAUUUUCGUCCCUGGAAAUUUGGAAAGGGAGUGUUAUGAGGAGGACUGCAAUUAUGAAGAAGCAAGGGAGGUUUUUGAGGACACUCCGGCUACAAAUGAUUUUUGGAAGAAAUACACUGCAGAAAAGGAGAAGCAGCCCUCAAAAGUGGACAUUACUUCCCUCUUGGUGGCACUGGUUGUUGUUGGGGUGAUCUUUGUCCUGGUGGGCCUCCUCAGCUGGUAUUUUUGUCCAGGCAAAUGUAAGGACGACUUCAGCCGAGCCAGCUCAGCUCGUGUACGUCCCAGGAGAAGCAAUGCGCCUCUCAUCAUGCGUCGACUAGAGGAAGUGUCCUUACAGCCCAUGCCCCCGCCGCGUAUGGAGGAUGUGGAUCCCCCUGGACUGCCCUCUUACGAGCAGGCCAUCGCAAAAAGUGGACAACACGAUGCCCCGCCGCCUCCUUAUCCUGGUUCGAGAACUGGAAGUAUUCGUCGGUAGAGUUGUCCGAGGACCUUCACAUCUUUACAUGACCACAAGAUACAAUGCAGGCCUUUGUGAUUGAGUCACCUUUUAAUUUCCGGAAUAACUUACAAAGUAUUAUGUGCAGCAGCUUGUAUUAUGUUUCAUCUUAAAUUAACUUUGUACAAAAAUCCUAAAGGCUACACUGAAUAAACGCUUUUACCAUUUGAUUCUAACUUCACUGAAGAUAAACUGAGAGUGGUCGUCUGUAACAUCAAAUCACAUUUUACAUUAACACAAUACUAGUGUUUACAUUUCCUAGUGCAAGAAAACAGCACUAAAACACAUUUUAAUGUUAGGACAGAUGGAAAUCAUCAUCAUUGUUUUGCAUCACUAUUCCAUUCUAAUUAGUAACAAGUUAUUUCAGGAGCAGCCGCUACAUGCAAAGUAGCACUGAGCACUUUGUUCUUACAGGCUCCCAUGCUUUACCCAGUAGUGUCUUUUCAAUGUUAUUUCAACACUAACGUGGAGUGAGAGUGAUGUUAUGCAACAUGACUAGUAUGUAGUAUGUUUAUGGUGACCUUGACACAAUACAAGUAUUUUUACAUUUCUGACUCUGGUGACGAUGAAAGCCAAGAAAACAGCAGUAAAAUACAUUUUGAUAAGAUGAAAAUAAUUGUGCAAAUUGUCUUCAUGAGAAGGGGUCAAAUUUGUACUUGAAGUAUAAAUCUUUGUUUUUUCUUGAUACUUUGAA